AGUCCUACAGCCUGCUGCAGCUCCCCAAGGUGACAGGCCCACCGGCGGAGGAGGAGUUCUCACAAGAAACUUCGGCAGGCGCCCUGUAUCCUCAUAACCGCAUGUCUCGAUGUCAAUGGUGACGUUGAAGAGGGAUUCCAGCAGCUGCUGUGUAUUUAGUCCCAGAGACGGCUCAUCUGUUGCUCUGAGGGUGGGUUCUUCUGCCUCCUUGGCGUCCACGAGGAAACUGAGGCCCAGAAAGGAAGGUGGCAGGUAGCAGGUGUCUGUUACUGUAGUGGACAGUGGACACCGGAUGCCUCGUGGGUGGGGGCUUGCCGAUCUGCUUCCUUCACGUGCCUGGGUCCCUUUGUGAAGGGGGUGGCCGGAGGAUGGGGUAAUGGCACAAGUCUGUUUUUUGAGCUGGAGGAGCUUGUGGCCACUGCCCCCGGAACCUCCCACCCAGGGGACAGUCAGAAAGGACAGGUCAGGUGCCCCAGGCCGUCCUCACCCUGUCACAGGAAAGAAGCAACAUAGGAAGCUAUCCCAAAAAGUCCCGCUCAGCAGGGGCUUUAGGCGAACUUUCUAGAAUUUAUGUCACCUUUCAAACAUAAGUAUGAGGACGGAGAGAAAGAGUGAAAUGAUUCAAAGAGCAGAUAGUGACUUGAUCUAGGUGCUCUGAAGACAGCCUUUCGAGAUAGGCGGGGAUGCGGAGAGACCCUGGGGCGGUGAGUGAGACCCCGGGGGCCGGGCAGGGGUGGCCAGUGUCGAGGGCUGACGUCCUGAGCUGUCCAGCUGUCCAGGGCUUUCUGUUUGUAGAGGGUUUGAGGCUGGAAAGCGUCAGGAGAAAAACUGCUGUUAGCAGUAGGUCUUAGUGAUUUGAAAAAAAUAUUUGUUUUUUGUUUUACAGUUGAUUUAGAAAUACUUGAAGCACUAGUAGGCAGAGCUGGAACGUGGGAUGAUUCAGAGCGGCAGGAAACCUGCUCCAGGAAGGGGUGGGGGGACGCCACCAGAGCCGUCCAGCCACCCACUCCCCAGGCGUGGGUCCAGAGCCUGCCGGUGCCCAGCGGGAGAAAAGAGGAAAUACCUGCCCCCCACUUCCCGGCAGGAUCCCAAAUUUGAGGAACUGCAAAAGGUGCUGAUAGAGUGGAUCAACACCAAGCUCCUCCCCGAGCACAUUGUGGUCCGCAGCCUGGAGGAGGACAUAUUCGAUGGGCUCAUCCUGCACCACCUUUUCCAGAUGCUGACCGGGGUCAAGCUGGAGGUGGAGGAGAUGGCUCUGACCGCCCCGAGCCAGAGGCGCAAGCUGGAGGUGGUGCUGGAGGCCAUCACCCGCAGCCUGCAGGCGGAGGAAAGGCAGCUCAAGUGGAGUGUGGAAACCAUCUUCAGCAAGGACCUGCUGGCCACCUUGCAUCUGCUCGUGGCCUUGGCCAAGCAUUUCCAGCCUGACCUGCCCCUCCCAACCAACGUCCAGGUGGAUGUGAUCACCAUGGAGAGCACCAAAAGUGGUCUGAAGUCCGAGAAGUCAGUGGAACAGCUCACUGACUGCAGCACAGACAAGGACCAGCCUGCAAAGGACAUGUUUGAUGAAUUAUUUAAGCUGGCCCCGGAGAAGGUGAACGCAGUGAAAGAGGCCGUUGUGAACUUCGUCAACCAGAAGCUGGACCGCCUGGGCCUGUCUGUGCAGAACCUGGACACCCAGUUUGCAGACGGGGUCUUCUUACUCCUGCUGAUUGGACAGCUGCAAGGCUUCUUCCUGCACUUGAAGGAAUUCUACCUCACUCCCGCCUCUCCUGCAGAAAUGCUGCACAACGUCACCCUGGCCCUGGAGUUGCUGAAGGAUGAGGGUCUGCUCAACUACCCCAUCGACCCCAAAGACAUUGUGAACAAGGACACCAAAAGCACGUUGCGGGUCCUGUAUAGCUUGUUUCAAAAGCACAAGCUGAAAGAAAGCACGGACAGCGCACCCCGUGGAUCCCCGAAUUAAUCCCAGAAGCCGCUUCUCAGAGCCUGCCUGCACACCAGCCGGAAGGCCCCAGAGGGCCCUGCCCCCGAGGCCCGGCCCCUUCCGAUGCCCCACCCC